GGCAGUCUUCCGGUACCGUGAGCUUUGUCUGAAGUAAACAGCGAGCAGAGCGGAGUAUGAGACGGAGCUGACGGCCCUGCCAGGACAAUGACAACGGUAAGGAUAUGCUGUUUGUUAUUUUGUCUACCGUAGGCCUAGAGUUGUCUUGACGUUGGCCCUCUGCGUCCUAAUGUGUGCGUGGCUUUAAAAUACCGUAGCCUGUCUUUGUCCGUUAUCCCCAUAUAGCUAGCCUAUUAUAGCCUAUUAUAUGUAUUUCUUCCCUGCCACUAGUGUUCUCCUUGAGGCAUUGUAUUGUUACUGUAACAUAUGCUGACAUUUUCUCUGUCGGUUGGUCGUUGUUGCUAACUGAACAACUGUUAGCCUACUUGUAGGUUGUAUGCCAUAGCAAGCGAGCUAUCUGCUUUCAUUUUCGAGAUGAUCGAUGUCUGUCGAGGGAGGAAGAGUUUUGUAUUGUUUUUUUUGUAUUUGUAUUUAAUUUUUAUUUUUUACAUUGUGUAUAUGUAUUUCUUCUGAACACAUCCGUUUGUUGGCAAUGUCAAUUAUUGCAUAUCUUUUUCAAAAUACUGACUGUUAUGGCCGCUAGCUGGACAGGCAAACGCCGCCGGGUACUAAACUGUAAACUCGUGUACUAUCCAUGGUAUUUUGUCUGCUGAUCAGGUUAUCCGUAUCUAAGUAGACAGCUGUUGACAAUAGUAGUGGAAGUUCGGCUCAUUUUACUGACUCGGAUGUUUUCGAGCAAUUAGGGUUAAGUGCCUUGCUCAAGAGCACAUCGACAGAUUUUUCACCUAGUCGGCUCGGGGAUUAGAACCAGCGACCUUUCGGUUACUGGCACAACGCGCUUAACCACUAAGCUACCUGCCGCCAUAAAUGUGAAAUAUCAUCUGUGAACAUACAAACACCAUUGUUACGAUUACGGACUAACAUUUUAGACUUGAACAAAUCUUGUUGCAUAUCUGAUGUACAACAAUACCUUUCAGAGUUUUGGCAGUUUCAUCUCACCAACCCCCAAAAAACGUACACCAAACAACAUGUGAGUAGUGCUACGUGAACAAGCAUAACACAGUAUAACAACAAAAAAACGUUAAACCGGAAAGAGGUAUCCUGCACGUUUUCAAGUUAAACGUCUCCAUUCUCUAUUACUCCUCAGUUAAGUUUACUUCACAUUUAGGUAGCUAAUGUAAUGGAUUUGUUUGCCAGCACAAGUCAAGAUAGCACUAGCUGUAUUAUGCCUACAACAGGGAAGUUUCUGUCUGCUAGGUGUAUCUCUACAGCAUGGGGCAUAUCUCUGGGGUGACAUGGACAUCAAAAUAUGACUAAUUCAAUAUUGCACUAUCCCAUUCUCUGGGCUCUGUCUGCAAUCAUAACCAGUAGUAUCUACCAGGAAUAAUGAAACAGAAUAAUAAUAAUAAUAGAUGUUUAGUGAAUCUAUGAAUAGUAACCGAAAGGUCGCUGGUUCUAAUCCCCGAGCCGACUAGGUGAAAAAUGUGUCGAUGUGCCCUUGAGCAAGGCACUUAACCCUAAUUGCUCCUGUAAGUCGCUCUGGAUAAGAGCGUCUGCUAAAUGACCAAUUUAUUUAUUUUAUUUAUGAAUUAUGUAUGACCACUGGAGUCUUUGCCACUCAAAAUAUUUUUUUUUACAGAAUAUUUUGACAUUUAUUUCAUCACUCAAUCUUGCCAAUGCCUAUUCUGUAGGAGGGGUUAAUAUGAAUGUAAAAUAAUUUGAUAUGAUUCAUAUGAAUCGGGUCAUGAACAUAUGGACUUUGAAAUGAACAAGGAAGAGGUUAAACGGAGGUUAAGUCUGGCAUAAGAUUAUUCCCACACUUUACAAUAACUCUGUUUCAGUGGUCUUAGGUAGUCUCCGUAUAGGCUGGUCCCUCCAUCGCGAUGCCGCCGCCCAGUUGAAGAGCUUGUGAUCUCUCCGUGCAGCAGAGAUCAACCAAGUGCAUGGGCUGAUUCACUCACCUGUGAGGAGAUCCAUCCCAAGCCAGGCCACCACCAUUUAGACAUUGAGACCACAUUUGCCUGUUCUCUUUCUUUGUGGAUUUAGUCUUAGUCUAGUGCAUGUUUGAUUUGAAGUGGAAAAAUUCAAGGGGUGUGAAUACUCUCUGAAGGCGCUGUAUAUGCAUGAAACUACAUUAUGGAAAACAUGUCACACACUCCACAAUAGUUAGUAGAAUAAUGAAUGGAUUGGCAAGAUUUUGGCACCGCCAACUUUUAGAACAUUAGUAGGAAAGUUAAUCAUUUAAGUCACCUAAAUAUACUCACAUUCACUAAACAUUUAGUAUUUGAAAGUCAAACAUUCAUUUCCCAACAGUUUUUUUUCUUCGUCUAUAAUCCUACAGACUCUUUAUCAGUCUCAAUGCCUUCUAUUCCAAUACAUCCAACAUGAUGCCCAUCAUGGUACUGGGCAGCUGCUAUUGGAGAACUCAUCUGGUUUAGAAAUCAAACUCUUAUUGCAGAGCACUUUGUACAACUGUUUAUUUUUUUAAGAGAAGAUUGUAUUGCAUUGUAUUGCUAUAUCUGUAGGCUAUGCCAUAUGUAUGAUAUAACGUUUCUUUAAGCCUGCAGCAAGUUACUUGAAAUGAGACCUAUAAUCAUGCCAAAACAUAAUUAAUAACUUGAAUUCACUGACAGAGAUAUAUAUAUAUAUAUAUAUAGCUAAUGAAACACAUUGACAUUUACAUUAGCUAGCUAGGCUAGUCUGCAACAUUGGCUAGCUUUCAAUCAGUUGGAUAAAUGGUAAUGUGAUCAAGACGAUUCGUAUUGCAUGCUGCAUAUUUAAAGUGCACUCAAACAGAUAUGUAUCUUAUUUCAGUCUGGGAGCUAGCUAGCUAUAUAUGUUCAUCAGACAGCAGCUCGCGUUUUCACAACCAUUGGUUGCCUUCUUCACCAGGGGUAUGUAUGGGAGUUCUGAUUGGUUCCAAGUUCAGCAGUUCGGCAAAUUUGUCUUAGCAGACAGUGUUGUAAUAUACUUUUUAUGAGAAAAUGUGCAAUAAUUGAAGGUGCCAACAAAUGUUAUAGUCAUCAUAAGAAUAAUUUACUGUCAUAUAUAUAUAUAUAUAUAUAUAUAUAUAUAUAUAUAUAUAUAUAUAUAUAUAUAUAUAUAUAUAUAUAUAUAUAUAUAUAUAUUUUUUUAAAUCAGCUCCUCCCUCGAUGGGGAUCGAUCAACUUCACGUUUUUGGGCUUGGUCCCACCACCUAUUGGUUGUAAAAUAAAUCCUGUUUAGGCUAGCCUAUUUGUUGUUGCCACAGAGUGUUCAAUGUCCACAGUCCAAGGCCGGCUCGCUAUCAUAUCGACUAGGCAGCUGUGGCCCUGUUCAAGCACUUAGGAGAUCAAGCCUUCCUUCCUUCUUUUGAAGUAAUAACUAAUAUCUGAAGAAUGUAGCGACCUUAAAGGAGAAGUUUGAUUCCUUACAACUAAACCUCUAAUUUUGAUGUAAAUGACAUGUUAUGGAAGGGUCCAGAUUUAUUUUUUGCAAUUUCACUUGUUUUUGAGGAACUACCCAACCAGCAAGCUAGACCCUAGAGUUAUACCUAGAGUUAUACCUUAGAGUUAUACCUAGACCCUAGAGUUAUACCUAGACCCUAGAGUUAUACCUAGACCCUAGAGUUAUACCUAGACCCUAGAGUUAUACCUAGAGUUAUACCUAGACCCUAGAGUUAUACCUAGACCCUAGAGUUAUACCUAGACCCUAGAGUUAUACCUAGACCCUAGAGUUAUACCUAGACGCACAAAAUGGAAUGUAACGAUGCGGAUAAAGUUCGGAAUGACACAAUUUAAUAUGUACAACAAUGAAAGGUGUUGACAGUCGCUGUACCAUGGCUUGAGUCUUCUUUCCCAUGCUAAUGUUUUCCUGAACAAGAUGUCUUCCUCUGGUUGAAACCACGAUUACAAAUCAGCCAAUAUAUUACAUUUCCAUGGUUUUGAAUGGCGUUUCCUUGUUGCAGUGUGAGGAUCCCUCUGGCGACAGGCAGGAGCAGGGGGAUGAGUUUAUGGACAUCCUGGAGGAGAGGAGGCGGAGCAGUGACCUAGGCCAUGCCCUGCGGACCUUUACCCCCUCCCCCUACAGGGGAGCCCCUCCUCUCUCCGCUAGCGCCCUCAACAGGAUGGUUCUGGAAUCACAGUACCUACGAUACGUCACCAAGGAGGUACGGGGGGGGGGGGGGGGGGGGUGUGAGUGUGGGUGGGUGGGUGCGUGCGAGUGUGGGUGGGUGGGUGGGUGGGUGCGUGCAAGCGCGAGAGAGAAUCCUGAACGUUCCCUGACGUACGCUCAACAUAUCCGCCGGUCGAUCCAUCACAAGAACAUUGGUCGAGUUCCUGCCCUGUCUUACAAUGCCUGGAUAGCAUAUCAGCUAACCACAUCAUAUAAUAUAGCCAAUCUGAUGCCCGACUGCACAGUCUAUGACGUGGCACACAACCAAUCAAAUCACAUUUAUUUAUAAAGCCCUUUUUACAUCAGUAGUUGUCACAAAGUGCUUAUACAGAAACCCAGCCUUAAACCCCAAACAACAGCAAUACAGAUGUAGAAGCACGGUGGCUAGGAAAAACUCCCUAGAAAGGCAGGAACCUAGGAAGAAACCUAGAGAGGAACCAGGUUCUGACGGGUGGCCAGUCCUCUUCUGGCUGUGCCGGGUGGAGAUUAUAACAGUACAUGGCCAUUAAGGCCAGAUCGUUCGUCAAGACGUGCGAACAUUUUUAUAGAUGACCAGCAGGGUCAGAUAAUAAUCACAGUGGUUGUAGCAACAGGUCAGCCUCUCAGGAGGUCAGAGGUCGAGACAGUAGGUCUGAGACAAGGUAGAAACAGCAGAGACUGGAUCAGCGGCACGGCUGGGUGGACUGGGGACUGGGACGGGGACUGGGGACGGGGACUGGGACUGGGGACGGGGACUGGGGACAGCCAGGAGUCAUCAGGCCACGUCUGAGGUAUGGGCUCAGUGGCCUCAUUUAUAACCGCUGCGUAAAACUUACACUAAAUAUCUGUGUGCGCCAUUUCUGAAAAGACUGCGCACGCACAAAAAUAUAGAGUUAUUAACUUGCCGCCAUACAUACGCAUGUUUCCCGUUAUAAAUCAGACCUGUUGUAAAACUGCGUGUGAGAGAACAUUGUAACUCUGCCUGAAACACCCAUCAUUCACCCAUAUUGGCUGUUUACUUUGGAAGUAUUGGAAUUAGGCCAAGACGGUAUUUGGAAAUAGCAACUUGAUCAAAUGUUUUUGGAGGUGUCGGCAAAUACAAAUACAUUAUGUGACUGUUUCUGAAAUACAAAAACAAUUGCAACUUGUUGCUGACCUGUAAACAGAUUGUUUGAAUUCAAUAAUGUUUUGCAUUUACUUUUUUCCCGGACCUAAAUAUGCUGCGCUGCCUGCGAAUUCUGAAACAUUGUCUACUUGGACAUUUUUUAAAUAUUAACUCAUCAUGGCCAGAAAAGGUGAGGAAUGUAUUCUGCAAUGGUUAUGAUAUGUUUAUAAAUGAAAUAUUGUCUACUGGAGGAAUUUGACAUUACAGUAUUCAGACGUAGUCUACAAAUGUUCAUGGAAAAGGUGAACCGUCUGGUCUACCGUUAAACUGUGCUUUUGGAUCGGAUCGCAUAGAGCACAAUGCUUGAAAUAGCUUAUUUACAUUUACAUUUUUUACAUUUUAGUCAUUUAGCAGACGCUCUUAUCCAGAGCGACUUACAGGAGCAAUUAGGGUUAAGUGCCUUGCUUAAGGGCACAUCGACAGAUUUUUCACCUAGUCGGCUCGGGGAUUAGAACCAGCGACCUUUCGGUUACUGGCACAACGCUCUUACCCACUAAGCUACCUGCCGCCUUACCCACUAAGCUACCUGCCGCUUAUCUAUUUACUACUGUGAAGUGGGUCCAGUUAAAUGAGAGAUGGGACGAAUGAUAGCCUAUCCUAACUUAUAGGCUAUUUCGCAGGUAUGAAACCAUCACAGUCAGAACAUUUGAGGAAUUUAUUUAGCAAAGAUCAUGGAAAUUAAAUAAAUAAUAGGAAAUACAGUGCCUUCAGAAAGUAUUCAUACCCCUUGACUUAUUCCACAUUUUGUUGUUACCGCCUGAAUUCAAAAUGGAUGAAAUAAAAUUGAUUAGAUGUUUUUUUUCUCAGCCAUCUACACACAAUAUCCCAUAAUGACAAAGUGAAAACAUGUUUUUAGACAUUUUUGCCAAUGUAUUAAAAAUGAAAUAUAGAAAUAUCUCAUUUACAUAAGUAUCACUGAGUCAUUAAAUGUUAGAAUCGUCUUUGGCAUCGAUUUACAGCUGUAAAGUCUUUCUGGGUAUGUCUAACAGCUUUCUACACCUGGAUUGUACAAUAUUUGUCAAGUUGGUUCUUGAUCAUUGCUAGACAGCCAUUUUCAAGUCUUGCCAUAGAUUUUCAAGGAGAUUUAAGUCAAAACUGUAACUAUGCCACUCAAGAACAUUCAGUGAAAUCUUGGUAAGCAACUCCAGUGUAUAUUUGCCCUUGUGUUUUAGGUUAUUGUCCUGCUGAAAGGUGAAUUUGUCUGAAAGGUUUUCCUACAAGGAUUUUACCUGUGCUUAACUCUAUUCCAUUUAUUUUUAUCCCAAAAAAAAACUCCCUAGUCCUUGCAGAUGACAGGCAUACCCAUAACAUGAUGCAGCCACCACCAUGCUUGAAAAUAUGAAGAGUGGUACUCAGUGAUGUGUUGUGUUGGAUUUGCUUUAAACAUAACGUUUAGUAUUCAGGACAUGAAGGUCACUUCUUUGCCAUUUCUUUGGCAGGUUUCCUUUAGUGCCUUAUUGCAAACAGGAUGCAUGUUUUGGAAUAUUGUUAUUCUGUACAGGCUUCCUUCAAAGGGAUAUUCAACGUCACAGUGAGUGCAUGCAACUUAUUGUAUGACUUGUUCAGCAAAUAUUUACUCCUGGCUUUUCAUAACAAAGGAAUUUAAUACUUAUUGACUCAAGAUAUUUCAGCUUUUCAUUUUUAAUAAAAAAAUUAAACAAUUAUUCCACUAAUUUGUAUCCAUUUUAAAUUCAGGCUGUAACACAAAAUGUGGAAAAAGUCAAGGAGUGUGAAUACUUUCUGAAGGCACUGUAGAAGCCUAUUUCUAUAAUUAUUUUAGAAUGCAAAGAUAAAAUAAAUCAAUUUUCACUCUUCUCACUAAUGGCAAAUGAUGACAUAUUGUUAUUACAACUAUUAUACUGUUUUUUUUUGGUUAUGAAUAAGAGUCAUAUGGAGAGAGAGAGAGAGAGAGACGCAGACAGGGAGAGACGCAGACAGACAGAGAGACGCAGACAGAGAGAGAGACGCAGACAGACAGACAGACAGAGAGAGACGCAGACAGACAGACAGAGAGAGACGCAGACAGACAGACAGACAGAGAGAGACGCAGACAGACAGACAGACAGACAGAGAGAGACGCAGAAAGAGAGAAAUUCUAGGGACAAUAAGGAGGCCUGCGUCUUGUGACCGUAGCGUACGUGUAGGUAUGUACGGCAGGACCAAAUCAGAGAGAUAGGUAGGAGCAAGCCCAUGUAAUGCUUUGUAGGUUAGCAGUAAAACCUUGAAAUCAGCCCUAGCCUUAACAGGAAGCCAGUAGAGAGGCUAGCACUGGAGUAAUAUGAUAUAACAUAUUGGUUCUAGUCAGGAUUCUAGCAGCCGUGUUUAGCACUAACUGAAGUUUAUUUAGUGCUUUAUCCGGGUAGCCGGAGAGUAGAGCAUUGCAGUAGUCUAAUCUAGACACAACCAAUGUAGUCGGGCAGGAACUCGACUACUAACUCUCUGACACUUGACCCCUGACCUCUCUGUGCAGGUGGCCAUGGAGACUGGUGAGAGUGUGGAUCUGGUGAGAGAGGAGGCUUCGGGGAUACUGGAGGAGAUGUCUCAGAACCUCCAGCUGGGAUUCAUCAGACUGCUGGGGUUCACCCUCAGUAAAGUAUUCAAGAGGCUCUUCAGCCACAUCAACGUCAACCAGGACGGACUCAACAGGGUCAGAAUACUACUAUAAUACUACUAGAACACUACUACUAUAAUACUACUACUACUUUAAUAAUAUUAGAAUUCUACUACUACUACUACUACUAGAAUACUACUUUGAGAGUACUACUACUAGAAUACUACUACUACUACUACUACUACUACUAGAAUACUACUACUACUACUACUACUACUACUACUAUAAUACUACUACUACUACUACUACUACUACUUUAAUAAUAUUAGAAUUCUACUACUACUACUACUACUACUAGAAUACUACUUUGAGAGUACUACUACUAGAAUACUACUACUACUACUACUACUACUACUAGAAUACUACUACUACUACUACUACUAGAAUACUACUACUACUACUACUACUAGAAUACUACUUUGAGAGUACUACUACUACUACUACUACUACUACUAGAAUACUACUACUACUACUACUACUACUACUACUUUAAUAAUAUUAGAAUUCUACUACUACUACUACUACUAGAAUACUACUUUGAGAGUACUACUACUACUACUAGAAUACUACUACUACUACUACUACUAGAAUACUACUACUACUACUACUACUACUAUAAUACUACUACUACUUUAAUAAUAUUAGAAUUAUACUACUACUAGAAUACGACUUUGAGAGUACUACUACUACUACUAGAAUACUACUACUACUACUACUACUACUACUACUACUACUACUACUACUAGAAUACUACUACUACUACUACUACUAGAAUACAACUACUACUAUAAUAAUAUUAGAAUACUACUAUUACUAGAAUACUACUACUACUACUAGAAUACUACUACUACUAUAAUAAUAUUAGACUACUACUACUACUACUACUACUAGAAUACUACUACUACUACUACUACUACUACUACUACUACUAGAAUACUACUAAAAUACCACUAGUAGAAUAGUACUAGAAUACUACUACUAGAAUACUACAGAAAAUAUACUAGAAUAAUAGUACUAGAAUAAUACUACCAUAAUACUACUACUACUAGAAUAAUACUACUACUACUACUACUACUAGAAUACUACUACUACUACUACUACUAGAAUACAACUACUACUAUAAUAAUAUUAGAAUACUACUAUUACUAGAAUACUACUACUACUACUAGAAUACUACUACUACUACUAUAAUAAUAUUUUGAAUACUACUAUUACUACUACUAGAAUACUACUAUUACUACUAUAAUAAUAUUAGACUACUACUACUACUACUAGAAUACUACUACUAUAAUAAUAUUAGACUACUACUACUACUACUACUACUACCACUACUACUACUACUACUAGAAUACUACUAAAAUACCACUAGUAGAAUAGUACUAGAAUACUACUACUAGAAUACUACAGAAAAUAUACUAGAAUAAUAGUACUAGAAUAAUACUACCAGAAUACUACUACUGGAAUACUACUACUACUACUAAUACUAAUACUACUACUACUAGAAUGCUACUUGAAUACUACUACUAGACUACUACUAGACUACAAGAAUACUACUACUACUACUACUACUAGAAUACUACUAGAAUUCUACUAGAAUACUACUACUAGAAUACUGUAUUUGUAUUUAUUAUGGAUCCCCAUUAGCUGCUGCCUUGGCAGCAGCUACUCUUGCUGGGGUCCGGCAAAAUUAAGUCAGUUAUACAAUUUUAAAAACAUUACAAUACAUUCAUAACAGAUUUCACAACAUAUUAAGUGUGUGCCCUCAGGCCUCUACUCUACUACCACAUAUCUACAACACAAAAUCCAUGUGUAUGUGUGUGUAUAGUGUGUAUGUUAUCAUGUGUGUGUGUGCAUGUGUCUGUGCCUGUGUUUGUGUUGCUUCACAGUCCCCGCUGUUCCAUAAGGUGUAUUUUUAUCUGUAUUUUAAAUCAGAUUCUACUGCUUGCAUCAGUUACCUGAUGUGGAAUAGAGUUCCAUGUAGUCAUGGCUCUAUGUAGUACUGUGCGCCUCCCAUAGUCUGUUCUGGACUUGGGGACUGUGAAGAGACCUCUGGUGGCAUGUCUUGUGGGGUAUGCAUGGGUGUCCGAGCUGUGUGCCAGUAGUUUAAACAGACAGCUCGGUGCUUUCAACAUGUCAAUACCUCUCACAAAUACAAGUAGUGAUGAAGUCAAUCUCUCCUCCACUUUGAGCCAUGAGAGAUUGACAUGCAUAUUAUUAAUGUUUGCUCUGUUUGCUCUCUGUGUACAUCCAAGGGCCAGCCAUGCUGCCCUGUUCUGAGCCAAUUGCAAUUUUCCUAAGUCUCUCUUUGUGGCACCUGACCACACGACUGAACAGUAGUCCAGGUGCGACAAAACUAGAGCCUGUAGGACCUGCCUUGUUGAUAGUGUUGUUAAGAAGGCAGAGCAGCGCUUUAUUAUGGACAAUAUAUAAUUGAGGUUUAGGGUUUAGUGUAUGAUUUGUCCCAAUUACAAUGCUUUUAGUUUUUAAAAUAUUUAGGACUAACUUAUUCCUUGCCACCCAUUCUGAAUCUAACUGCAGCUCAUUUCAGUCGCUGUAGUAGCUGACGUGUAUAGUGUUGAGUCAUCUGCAUACAUAGAUACACUGGCUUUAAUCAAAGCCAGUGGCAUGUUGUUAGUAAAGAUUGAAAAAAGUAAGGGGCCUAGACAGCUGCCCUGGGGAAUUCCUGAUUCUACCUGGAUUAUGUUGGAGAGGCUUCCAUUAAAGAACACCCUCUGUGUUCUGUUAGACAGGUAACUCUUUAUCCACAUUAUAGCAGGGGGUGUAAAGCCAUAACACAUAUGUUUUUCCAGCAGCAGACUAUGAUCGAUAAUGUCAAAAGCCGCACUUAAGUCUAACAAAACAGCCCCUACAAUCUUUUGAUCAUCAAUUUCUCUCAGCCAAUCAUCAGUAAUUUGUGUAAGUGCUGUGCUUGUUGAAUGUCCUUCCCUAUAAGCGUGCUGAAAGUCUGUUGUUAAUUUCUUUACUGUAAAAUAGCAUUGUAUCUGGUCAAACACAAUUUUUUCCAAUAGUUUACUAAGGGCUGGUAACAGGCUGAUUGGUCGGCUAUUUGAGCCAGUAAAGGGGGCUUUACUAUUCUUAGGUAGUGGAAUGACUUUUGCUUCCCUCCAGGCUUGAGGGCACACACUUUCUAGUAGGCUUAAAUUGAAGAUAUGGCAAAUAGGAGUGGCAAUAUCGUCCGCUAUUAUCCUCAGUAAUUUUCCAUCCAAGUUGUCAGACCCUGGUGGCUUGUCAUUGUUGAUAGACAACAAUAAUUUGUUUACGUCUUCCACACUCACUUUACAGAAUUCAAAUUUACAAUUCUUGUCUUUUAUAAUUUGGUUAGAUACAGUGCCUUAAGAAAGUAUUCAGACCCCUUGACUUUCUACACAUUUUGUUACAUUACAGCCUUAUUCUAUUUUUUAAACAGUUCCUCAGCGAUCUACACACAAUACCCCAUAAUGACGAAGCCAAAAAUAGGUUUAGACAUUUUUGCAAAUGUAUUAAAAAUAAAAAAACAGAAAUACCUUAUUUACAUAAGUAUUCAGACCCUUUGCUAUGAGACUCGAAAUUGAGCUCAGGUGCAUCCAGUUACCAUUGAUCAUCCUUGAGAUGUUUCUACAACUUGAUUGGAGUCCACCUGUGGUAAAUUCAAUUGAUUGGACAUGAUUUGGAAUUGCACACACCUGUCUAUAUAAGGUCCCACAGUUGACAGUGCAUGUCAGAGCAAAAACCAAGCCCUGAGGUCGAAGGAAUUGUCCGUAGAGCUCCGAGACAGGAUUGUCCCACUCCUCAUCAAUGUGAUGGCUCGUUACAGUGAUGUAAGACAGUGUGUUCAUAGACGUCCCAACAAGUUUUCUGUUAACGCCACAUAUAGUGUUUGAGAGCUCAUUCUUUGAAUCCAGCCUCUGUCGUAGCCGGCCGCGACCGGGAGGCCCACGGGGCGGCGUACAAUUGGCCCAGCGUCGUCCAGGGUAGGGGAGGGAAUGGCCGGCAGGGGAUGUAGCUCAGUUGGUAGAGCACGGCGUUUGCAACGCCAGGGUUGUGGGUUCGAUUCCAGUAUGAAAAAAUAAAACUGGCUUCCAGUUGAAGCUCGCAUCUGCUACAAGACCAUGGUGCUUGCCUACGGAGCUGUGAGGGGAACGGCACCUCCGUACCUUCAGGCUCUGAUCAGUCCCUACACCCAAACGAGGGCAUUGCAUUCAUCCACCUCUGGCCUGCUAGCCCCCCUACCUCUGCGGAAGCACAGUUCCCGCUCAGCCCAGUCAAAACUGUUCGCUGCUCUGGCACCCCAAUGGUGGAACAAGCUCCCUCACGACGCCAGGACAGCGGAGUCACUCACCACCUUCCGGAGACAUUUGAAACCCCACCUCUUUAAGGAAUACCUGGGAUAGGAUAAAGUAAUCCUUCUACCCCCCCCUUACCCCCCCCUCCCCCCCAUUUUUAAAAAAAUAAAAUAAAACAUUGUAAAGUGGUUAUCCCACUGGCUAUAAGGUGAAUGCACCUAUUUGUAAGUCGCUCUGGAUAAGAGCGUCUGCUAAAUGACGUAAAUGUACUUGCAGAGUAAUCAUUGUACGUUUUUCCUGUACUGCCCACUGUAGCUCAAUUCCACCUCGGAAAGUUUGCAUUUCAUCACCUUCUUCAUUUAACUUCUCAAAGUAUUGCCAUAUAGGACUUCCCUGCUGUCUCGUCCCUGUCUCACUCUGCCAACUGUUAACGACGAUAACUUGCGGGACACUUUUAUAUCUGUGGCAAAUCAUUGUAAAGAUGCAUAUGUCCUCUUACUAGCGUUCCACCAUUGUUGUGUUAGGUAUUUGUUUAGUGGUAGUUCUGUGAUAAUAUUGGUAGUUCUGUGAUAAUAUUGGUAGUUCUGUGAUAAUAUUGGUAGUUCUGUGAUAAUUGCACAUUGAUUUUCAUACAAAGAAAUAUACAAAAUACAUUUUCGGUUAGGGAUGUUUGUGAAACGUUAACGAUCCCAAUGUCAUUUAAACGUUCACACCCCUAAUUUGGACCCAUUAUCUGUUGUUCUCUCAGUUUAUUGGUUCACAGUGACGUUUCUGUCCCGCCCCCAGCUCCAACAGGCCAUUCAGGAGUCUCCAGUGAUCCUGAUGCCCAAUCACAGGAGUUAUGUGGACUUCCUGGUUCUGUCCUACAUCCUGUUCACCUAUGACCUGCCCAUCCCCGUUAUAGCUGCUGGAAUCCGCAAGUAUCUAUUGAUUCAUCCUGUUCUGUGUUUUGGUCGACUUUAUAAAACUGGAACGACCAUCAAGCCACACUUCAGAUAACAAAUGUCUAACUUACCUGUCUGUCUGUCUGUCUGUCUAACUUACCUGUCUGUCUGUCUGUCUAACUUACCUGUCUGUCUGUCUGUCUGUCUAACUUUCCUGUCUGUCUGUCUGUCUGUCUGUCUAAUUUACCUGUGUGUCUAACUUACCUGUCUGUCUGUCUAACUUACCUGUCUGUCUGUCUAACUUACCUGUCUGUCUGUCUAACUUACCUGUCUGUAUGUCUGUCUAACGUUCCUGUCUGUCUGUCUAACUUACCUGUCUGUCUGUCUAACUUACCUGUCUGUCUGUCUGUCUGUCUAACUUACCUGUCUGUCUGUCUGUCUGUCUAACUUACCUGUCUGUCUGUCUAACGUUCCUGUCUGUCUGUCUAACGUUCCUGUCUGUCUGUCUAACGUUCCUGUCUGUCUGUCUAACGUUCCUGUCUGUCUGUCUGUCUGUCUAACGUUCCUGUCUGUCUGUCUAACUUACCUGUCUGUCUGUCUGUCUGUCUGUCUAACUUUCCUGUCUGUCUGUCUGUCUAACUUUCCUGUCUGUCUGUCUGUCUAACGUUCCUGUCUGUCUGUCUAACGUUCCUGUCUGUCUGUCUGUCUGUCUAACUUACCUGUCUGUCUGUCUAACGUUCCUGUCUGUCUGUCUGUCUGUCUAACUUACCUGUCUGUGUGUCUAACUUACCUGUCUGUCUGUCUAACGUUCCUGUCUGUCUGUCUAACGUUCCUGUCUGUCUGUCUAACGUUCCUGUCUGUCUGUCUGUCUGUCUAACGUUCCUGUCUGUCUGUCUAACGUUCCUGUAUAUCUGUCUAACGUUCCUGUCUGUCUGUCUAAUUUACCUGUCUGUCUGUCUGUCUGUCUAACUUUCCUGUCUGUCUGUCUGUCUGUCUAACUUACCUGUCUGUCUGUCUAACGUUCCUGUCUGUCUGUCUAACUUACCUGUCUGUCUAACGUUCCUGUCUGUCUGUCUAACGUUCCUGUCUGUCUGUCUAACGUUCCUGUCUGUCUGUCUGUCUGUCUGUCUAACGUUCCUGUCUGUCUGUCUAACGUUCCUGUCUGUCUGUCUGUCUGUCUAACUUUCCUGUAUAUCUGUCUAACUUUCCUGUCUGUCUGUCUGUCUGUCUAACUUUCCUGUAUAUCUGUCUAACUUACCUGUCUGUCUGUCUUUCCCUCCCUGUGUCCGUCUCUGUCUCUCUGUAGCUCUGAUGGACAUGAAGAUGGUGGGAGAGAUCCUGCGUCGUUCUGGAGCAUUCUUCAUCAGGAGGGCCAUCGGGUCUGACAAGCUGUACUGGGCUGUCCUCUCUGAGUAUGUCAAAAACAUUGUCAGGGUACGUGUCCACACAAUAAAUAUUUAUAUUACCACAAACUACACCACUGUAUGGACACUGAGUAUAUCAAACAGAAGGAACUUCCUCAUAUUGAAUCACGCCCCUUUUGUCCUCAGAACAGCCUCAAUUCGUCGGGGCAUGGACCCUACAAGGUGUGGAAAGCGUUCCACAGGGAUGCUGGCCCAUGUUGACUCCAAUGCUUCCCACAGUUGUAUCAAGUUGUCUGGAUGUCCUUUGGGUGGUGGUACACACGGGAAACUGUUGAGCGUGAAAAACCCAGCAGCGUUGCAGUUCUUGACACAAAACGGUGUGCCUGGCACCUACUACCAUACCCCGUUCCAAGGCACUUAAAUAUUUUAUCUUGCCCAUUCACCGUCUGAAUGGCACACAUACACAGUCCAUUUCCCAAGGCUUAAAAAUCCUUCUUUAACCUGUCUCCUCCCCUUCAUCUACACUGAUUGAAGUGGAUUUAACAGGUGACAUCAAUAAGGGAUCAUAGCUUCCACCUGGAUUCACCUGGUCAGUCUGUCAUGGAAAGAGCAGGUGUUCUUAAUGUUUUGUAUAGUCAGUGUAUAUUCAGUGUAUAUAUUAUGUGUGUCUCAAAUAGCUUUAUAGUGCACUACUUUUGACCAGAGCCCUAUGGGACCUGGUAGUGAGUACACUGGGACCUGGUAGUGAGUACACUGGGACCUGGUAGUGAGUACACUGGGACCUGGUCAAAAGUAGUGCGCUAUAUAAGGGAAUAUUGUGCCUGUAAGGGUUGCGAAAGUAUUCACCCCCCUUGGCAUUUUUCCUAUUUUGUUGCCUUACAACCUGGAAUUAAGAUGGAUUUUUUGGGGGGUUUGUAUCAUUUUGAUUUACACAACAUGCCUACCACUUUGAAGAUGCAAAAAACAGAAAACUUGAGCGUGCAUAACUAUUCACCCUCCCCCAAAGUCAAUACUUUGUAGAGCCACCUUUUGCAGCAAUUACAGCUACAAGUCUCUUGGGGUAUGUCUCUAUAAGCUUGGCACAUCUAGCCACUGGGAUAUUUGCCCAUUCUUCAAGGCAAAACUGCUCCAGCUCCUUCAAGUUGGAUGGGUUCCGCUGGUGUACAGCAAUCUUUAAGUCAUACCACAAAUUCUCAAUUGGAUUGAGGUCUGGGCUUUGACUAGGCCAUUCAAAGACUAGGCCAUUCAUUUAAAUGUUUCCCCUUAAACCACUCAAGUGUUGCUUUAGCAGUAUGCUUAGGGUCAUUGUCCUGCUGGAAGGUGAACCUCCGUCCCAGUCUCAAAUCUCUGGAAGACUGAAACAGGUUUCCCUCAAGAAUUUCCCUGUAUUUAGCGCCAUCCAUCAUUCCUUCAAUUCUGACCAGUUUCACAGUCCCUGCUGAUGGAAAAACAUCCCCACAGCAUGAUGCUGCCACCACCAUGCUUCACUGUGGGGAUGGUGUUCCCGGGGUGAUGAGAGGUGUUGGGUUUGCGCCAGACAUAGCGUUUUCCUUGAUGGCCAAAAAGCUCAAUUUUAGUGUCAUCUGACCAGAGUACCUUCUUCCAUAUGUUUGGGGAGUCUCCAACAUGGCUUUUGGUGAACACCAAACGUGUUUGCUUAUUUUUCUCUUUAAGAAAUUGCUUUUUUCUGGCCACUCUUCCGUAUAGCCCAGCUCUGUGGAGUGUACGGCUUAAAGUGGUCCUAUGGACAGAUACUCCAAUCUCCGCUGUGGAGCUUUGCAGCUCCUUCAGGGUUAUCUUUGGUCUCUUUGUUGCCUUUCUGAUUAAUGCCCUCCUUGCAUGGUCCAUGAGUUUUGGUGGGAGGCCCUCUCUUGGCAGGUUUGUUGUGGUGCCAUAUUCUUUCAGUUUUUUUAUAAUGGAUUUAAUGGUGCUCCGUGGGAUGUUCAAAGUUUCAGAUAUUUUUUUAUAACCCAACCCUGAUCUGUACUUCUCCACAACUUUGUCCCUGACCUUUUUGGAGAGCUCCUUGGUCUUCAUGGUGCCGCUUGCUUGGUGGUGCCCCUCGUUUAGUGGUGUUGCAGACUCUGGGGCCUUUCUGAACAGGUGUAUAUAUACUGAGAUCAUGUGACAGAUCAUGUGACACUUAGAUUGCACACAGGUGGACUUUAUUUAACUAAUUAUGUGACUUCUGAAGGUAAUUGGUUGCACCAGAUCUUAUUUAGGGGCUUCAUAGCAAAGGGGUUGAAUACAUAUGCACGCACCACUUUUCCGUUAUUUAUUUUUGUAUAAUUUUUUGAAACAAGUAAUUUUUUUCAUUUCACUUCACCAGUUUGGACUAUUUUGUGUAUGUCCAUUACAUGAAAUCCAAAUAAAAAUAUAUUUAAAUUACAGGUUGUAAUGCAACAAAAUAGGAAAAACCCCAAGGGGGAUGAAUACUUUUACAAGGCGCUGUCUAGGGUAUCAUUUGGGCUAUUUGUAACUAGUGUGUUCUCUCUCCUCAGACAGGGUAUGCUCCUGUAGAGUUCUAUGUGGAGGGGUUUCGGAGCAGGACACUCAAGUCCCUCACACCCAAAUUAGGUGAAUGUGGGUGUGUGCUCGCACGUCUGUGGCUAAUUAACAUGGUCUGUCUGUCUGUCUCUGUCCCCUUGUCUGUGGCUAAUUAACAUGGUCUGUCUGUCUGUCUCUGUCCCCUUGUCUGUGGCUAAUUAACAUGGUCUGUCUGUCUGUCUGUCUCUGUCCCCUUGUCUGUGGCUAAUUAACAUGGUCUGUCUGUCUCUGUCCCCUUGUCUGUGGCUAAUUAACAUGGUCUGUCUCUGUCCCCUUGUCUGUGGCUAUUUAACAUGGUCUGUCUGUCUGUCUCUGUCCCCUUGUCUGUGGCUAAUUAACAUGGUCUGUCUGUCUGUCUGUGUCUGUCCCCUUGUCUGUGGCUAAUUAACAUGGUCUGUCUGUCUGUCUGUCUGUCUCUGUCCCCUUGUCUGUGGCUAAUUAACAUGGUCUGUCUGUCUGUCUGUCUCUGUCCCCUUGUCUGUGGCUAAUUAACAUGGUCUGUCUCUGUCCCCUUGUCUGUGGCUAAUUAACAUGUCCUGUUCCCCUGUCUGUCUGUCUGUCUCUGUCCCCUUGUCUGUGGCUAAUUAACAUGGUCUGUCUGUCUGUCUCUCUGUCCCCUUGUCUGUGGCUAAUUAACAUGGUCUGUCUGUCUGUCUGUCUCUGUCCCCUUGUCUGUGGCUAAUUAACAUGGUCUGUCUCUGUCCCCUUGUCUGUGGCUAAUUAACAUGUCCUGUUCCCCUGUCUGUCUGUCUGUCUCUGUCCCCUUGUCUGUGGCUAAUUAACAUGGUCUGUCUCUGUCCCCUUGUCUGUGGCUAAUUAACAUGUCCUGUUCCCCUGUCUGUCUGUCUGUCUCUGUCCCCUUGUCUGUGGCUAAUUAACAUGGUCUGUCUGUCUGUCUCUGUCCCCUUGUCUGUGGCUAAUGAACAUGUCCUGUUCCCCUGUCUGUCUGUCUGUCCCUGCAGGUAUGAUGCACAUGGUCCUGGAGCCGUUCUUUAAAGGGGAGGUGUAUGACAUCACACUGGUCCCCAUCAGUAUCAGCUAUGACAGGGUCCUGGAGGAGUCUCUACUGGCACAUGAACUACUAGGGGUCCCCAAGCCCAGAGAGACCACCAUGGUACGACCCAACCACACUCCCCAUAUUCACUAGGAGUGGUACGACCCAAACACACCCCUAUAUUCACUAUGGUACCUCUUCUGGUACCUCUUUUGACCUCACCCUUUCCCAAUAACCUCCAACUAUAGUUUUUUUUUUAUAUUCACUGAGUGGUACCACCCAACCACACCCCUAUAUUCACUGAGUGGUACCACCCAAACACACCCCUAUAUUCACUGAGUGGUACCACCCAAACACACCCCUAUAUUCACUGAGUGGUACCACCCAAACACAACCCUAUAUUCACUGAGUGGUACCACCCAAACACACCCCUAUAUUCACUGAGUGGUACCACCCAAACACACCCCUAUAUUCACUGAGUGGUACCACCCAAACACAACCCUAUAUUCACUGAGUGGUACCACCCAAACACACCCCUAUAUUCACUGAGUGGUACCACCCAAACACACCCCUAUAUUCACUGAGUGGUACCACCCAAACACAACCCUAUAUUCACUGAGUGGUACCACCCAACCACACCAUUACAACUAUAAGUUUAAAGGGGUUAACUGGAUGCCACGCUUCAACUAUUUUAUUCUCCCUCCCUCUCCCCUCCCCCUCUCUUUAUCCCCCCUCCCCCUCUCUCCCUCCCCCUCUCUCUCCCUCCCCCUCUCUCUCCCUCUCCCUCCCCCUCCCUCUCUCCAUCCCCCUCUCCCCCCCCUCUCUCUCUACCCCCCCCUCUCUCUCUCUCCACCCCCCCUCUCUCUCUCCCUCUCUCUCUCCCUCUCUCUCUCCACCCCCCCCUCUCUCUCUCCCUCUCUCUCUCCACCCCCCCCUCUCUCUCUCCCUCUCUCUCUCCAUCCCCCCCUCUCUCUCUCUCCAUCCCCCCCUCUCUAUCCCCCCUCUCUCUCUCUCCAUCCCCCCCUUUCCUCUCUCGCCCCCUCUCUCUCUCCACCCCCCCCUCUCUCUCCUCUCCAUCCCCCCUCCCCCCUUCCCCCUCUCUCUCUCUCUCUCUCUCUCUCUCUCCACCCCCCCUUCCCCCUCCCCAUAGGGCUUAUUGAAGGCUAGGAGGGUACUGGAGGAAGACUAUGGCAGUAUGCACGUGUCCUUCGGCAUGCCUCUAUCAGUCAGACAGCUGACUAAGGGGAGGGUGGACCGCUGCCAAUACAACCUCCUACCCAGGUACACAACCACAGCCAGCGUUCUCUCUGUCAGUCUGUCUCCUACCCAGGUACACGACCACAGCCAGCGUUCUCUCUGUCUGUCAGUCUCCUACCCAGGUACACGACCACAGCCAGCGUUCUCUCUCUCUGUCAGUCUGUCUCCUACCCAGGUACACGACCACAGCCAGCGUUCUCUCUGUCAGUCUGUCUCCUACCCAGGUACACGACCACAGCCAGCGUUCUCUCUCUCUGUCAGUCUGUCUCCUACCCAGGUACACAACCACAGACAGCGUUCUCUCUGUCAGUCUGUCUCCUACCCAGGUACACGACCACAGCCAGCGUUCUCUCUGUCAGUCUGUCUCCUACCCAGGUACACGACCACAGCCAGCGUUCUCUCUGUCAGUCUGUCUCCUACCCAGGUACACAACCACAGCCAGCGUUCUCUCUGUCAGUCUGUCUCCUACCCAGGUACACGACCACAGCCAGCGUUCUCUCUGUCAGUCUGUCUCUUACCCAGGUACACGACCACAGCCAGCGUUCUCUCUGUCUGUCAGUCUCCUACCCAGGUACACAACCACAGCCAGCGUUCUCUCUGUCAGUCUGUCUCCUACCCAGGUACACAACCACAGCCAGCGUUCUCUCUGUCAGUCUGUCUCCUACCCAGGUACACGACCACAGCCAGCGUUCUCUCUUGUCAGUCUGUCUCCUACCCAGGUACACAACCACAGCCAGCGUUCUCUCUGUCAGUCUGUCUCCUACCCAGGUACACAACCACAGACAGCGUUCUCUCUGUCAGUCUGUCAGUCUGUCUCCUACCCAGGUACACAACCACAGACAGCGUUCUCUCUGUCAGUCUGUCAGUCUGUCUCUGUGUCUUACUGUAUCUUAUCUCAGGCAUAUCUUGGUAGCACAUCUUCAGAACAAAACCAUAUUGUAGUUCUAUUGUGAAACCAGCCAGCUCUUUCUUUCUGCUCAUAUCUCCCCCCCCCCCCCCCCCCCCCCCCCCCUCCCCCUCUCAGAGACCUACCCCAGAGGCCCAGCGUAGAGACCCAGGAGUGUGUGAGCUGGCUGGCCCAGCAGGUGAUACGCGUCCAGGAACAGGGCUCCAUCCUCAGCCCCUGGUCUCUCAUGGCUUGCCUGGUGCUCCAGGACCACCAGAACACACACCCAGGUACACGCUGAGGAAGAGGAGCAGGACGAUCUGUAUCCCCCGCAGUCAUUACUCUCAUUAACAAAAGCUGAUGUUCACACAGUAUUACUACCAGGAGAGGAACCAGAGAAGGGUCUGCCCUGGGAGCUGCUCACCCAGAGGACACUGUGGCUCAAGGGGCUGGCGAUCAGCUUCGGGGCCCGCCUGGACUGGCCUGGUAGGUGUACAGCCAUUGGUUGGUUGUUUGGUUGGUUGGUUUGGUGUGAGCCGUUCCAACACACUGAUCAGGUGGAUUUAGGCCUCUACAAUAGAUCCUCUGUCUCAGUAAUACAGGGACACUGAAAGGCUGACCAGAGGUCGCUCAGGUCCCAUAUCCACGAAGCCUCUCGGAGCGUCUGAGUGCUGAUCUAGGAUCUAGGAUCAGAUCCCACCCCGUCCAUGCAAUCUUAUUCAUUAUGAUCUAAAAGGCUAAACUGAUCCGAGAUCAGCACCCAGAACCGAACGUUCAGUAUUUCCUCUUAUCCCGUUUAGAUGGUACAGCAUGGUACACUUAGAAAUUAGACUAAUCUUAUGUUGUAAUCAUACUUAAUGGGCACACACACACACACACACACACACUCUCUCACACACACACACACAGACACUCACACACACACACACACACACACACACACACACACUCACACUCACACACACACCUUGAAUUGUCCUCAACGCAGUGACGUCUUUCUCUCCUCUGUAGAGCAGCUACCUGAGAACCAGGUGAUGUCAUCCAGCAUGGCCCUGCACCGCUCUGUGAUUCGCUGUCACCAGGGCCGUGUCACACUGCUGGAGGAGGGGCCUGUGGGGGCUGGGCCUUUCACAGCAGAGGAGGGUGUGGUCAGGCGGGCGGGGAAGGUGCUAAUGGUUGCGGCCUACAGGAACCAGGCGGUGCAUGUGUUCAUACGUCCUGCUAUGCUGGCUCUGGCCAUACACACAGCACACAGCUCACAGAGAGGUGAGUUAGACACACUGAUUGGCUCUGGCCAUACACACAGCACACAGCUCACAGAGAGGUGAGUUAGACACACUGAUUGGCUCUGGCCAUACACACAGCUCACAGAGAGGUGAGUUAGACACACUGAUUGGCUCUGGCCAUACACACAGCACACAGCUCACAGAGAGGUGAGUUAGACACACUGAUUGGCUCUGGCCAUACACACAGCACACAGCUCACAGAGAGGUGAGUUAGACACACUGAUUGGCUCUGGCCAUACACACAGCACACAGCUCACAGAGAGGUGAGUUAGACACACUGAUUGGCUCUGGCCAUACACACAGCACACAGCUCACAGAGAGGUGAGUUAGACACACUGAUUGGCUCUGGCCAUACACACAGCACACCGCUCACAGAGAGGUGAGUUAGACACACUGAUUGGCUCUGGCCAUACACACAGCACACCGCUCACAGAGAGGUGAGUUAGACACACUGAUUGGCUCUGGCCAUACACACAGCACACCGCUCACAGAGAGGUGAGUUAGACACACUGAUUGGCUCUGGCCAUACACACAGCACACAGCUCACAGAGAGGUGAGUUAGACGCACUGAUUGGCUCUGGCCAUACACACAGCACACAGCUCACAGAGAGGUGAGUUAGACACACUGAUUGGCUCUGGCCAUACACACAGCUCACAGAGAGGUGAGUUAGACACACUGAUUGGCUCUGGCCAUACACACAGCUCACAGAGAGGUGAGUUAGACACACUGAUUGUCCUUGUCUCUCCUAUAGCUACUUCAGGUUCCUCUUGUCUGUCUGUCUGUCUCUCUGUUUCUCUGUCUCUCUGUCUCUCUGUCUGUCUGUCUGUCUGUCUGACCAUGUCUCUGUGUCUCCAGAGGACAUCUAUAGCUACUUCAGGUUCCUCCUGGACCUCUUCUCCAACGACUUCAUCUUCAUCACUGGCAGAUCCUCACAGGUUAGUCUUCACCUGUAACAGAGGAUUGUGAUGCAUUGUGGGUAAAUUGUGACUGAUCUAUAUCUGCCUCUGUGUCUGCCUCUCUGCCUCUGUGUCUGUGUCUCUGUGUCUGCCUCUGUGUCUGCCUCUGUGUCUCUGUGUCUCUGUGUCUCUCUGUCUCUGUGUCUCUCUGUCUCUCUGUCUGUGUGUCUGUGUGUCCUGAAGGACUUUGAGGAGGCGUGUUCGUUACUCAGGAAAUGUGGAGCAGUCCAGACCAGUCAACAGGAAGUGACAUCACUAGAGGAGGGUCAGAGUACUACCUCAUUCCUGCGAGCCCUGCUACAGCCCUUCGUAGACGCCUACCAGGUAGGAGGAGGACAGUGUGUUCCUGUAUAGAGACACAGACAGAGCCCUGGUCAAAGGUAGAAAGUCCUAUGGGUCCUGGUCAAAGGUAGAAAGUCCUAUGGGUCCUGGUCAAAGGUAGAAAGUCCUAUGGGUCCUGGUCAAAGGUAGAAAGUCCUAUGGGCCCUGGUCAAAGGUAGAAAGUCCUAUGGGCCCUGGUCAAAGGUAGAAAGUCCUAUGGGUCCUGGUCAAAGGUAGAAAGUCCUAUGGGUCCUGGUCAAAGGUAGAAAGUCCUAUGGGCCCUGGUCAAAGGUAGAAAGUCCUAUGGGUCCUGGUCAAAGGUAGAAAGUCCUAUGAGCCCUGGUCAAAGGUAGAAAGUCCUAUGGGCCCUGGUCAAAGGUAGAAAGUCCUAUGGGUCCUGGUCAAAGGUAGUGCACUCAGGUCUAAUCUUAACCCCUCAUCUCAAGUCAGUUUCAAAUACCCUCCACUAAAGGGAGAGUGUGUGUCUCUGUGUGUGUGUCUGUGUGUGUGUGUGUCUCUGUGUGUCUGUGUUCAGGUGGUGUUCAGUCACCUGUGUGUGGAGGGUCUUGAGGUGUUCACAGAGAGACAGAUGUUUCCUGCCGUCCGCAGCCUGGCCACCAAGCUCCUCUUAUCGGGUAACUGACAGACACCUGUCCUAAACUGUCCUGUCCUCUCCCCUGACACACACCUGUCCUGUACUAUCCUGUCCUGUCCCCUAACACACACCUGUCCUGUCCCCUAACAUACUCCUGUCCCCUAACCCACACCUGUCCUGUCCCCUAACCCACACCUGUCCUGUCACCUAACACACACCUGUCCUGUCCCCUAACAUACUCCUGUCCCCUAACCCACACCUGUCCUGUCCCCUAACACACACCUGUCCUGUCCCCUAACACACACCUGUCCUGUCCCCUAACACACACCUGUCCUGUCCCCCUAACACACACCUGUCCUGUCCCCUAACACACACCAGUCCUUGAACCUUGGUCCAGCACCUCUGAGAUAUACAAAAGUAUGUGGACACCCCUUCAAAUUUGGCUAUUUCAGCCACACACGUUGCUGACAGGUGUAUAAAAUCCAGCACACAGCCAUGCAAUCUCCAUAGACAAACAUUAGCAGUAGAAUGGCCUUACUGAAGAGCUCAGUGACUUUCAACGUGGCACCGUCAUAGGAUGCCACCUUUCCAACAAGUCAGUUCGUAAAAUGUCUGCCCUGCUAGAGCUGCCCUGGUCAACUGUAAAUGCUGUUAUUGUGAAGUGGAAACGUCUAGGAACAACAACGGCUCAGCCGCGAAGUGGUAGGCCACACAAGCUCACAGAACGGGACCGCUGAGUGCUGAAGCACGUAGCGUAUAAAAAUGUAUCUGUCCUCGGUUGCAACACUCACUACCGAGUUCCAAACUGCCUCUGGAAGCAACGUCAGCACAAUAAAUGUUCGUCGGGAGCUCACUGCUUUCCUCAGCCAACUUGCAGGAGCUCGACCCGCCAUAAGGAGUCGCUAGAGCGCGAAGAGACGCCAUUCCUCCCCCACCCCGGCUGGUGCUGGCCCAAUGUGCGCCAAACCCAAGCUGUAAUGAAGGUGCUGGCCCAAUGUGCGCCAAACCCAAGCUGUAAUGAAGGUGCUGGCCCAAUGUGCGCCAAACCCAGGCUGUAAUGAAGGUGCUGGCCCAAUGUGCGCCAAACCCUGGCUGUAAUGAAGGUGCUGGCCCAAUGUGCACCAAACCCAGGCUGUAAUGAAGGUGCUGGCCCAAUGUGCGCCAAACCCAGGCUGUAAUGAAGGUGCUGGCCCAAUGUGCACCAAACCCAGGCUGUAAUGAAGGUGCUGGCCCAAUGUGCACCAAACCCAGGCUGUAAUGAAGGUGCUGGCCCAAUGUGCACCAAACCCUGGCUGUAAUGAAGGUGCUGGCCCAAUGUGCGCCGUCCAUUGGGACUUCCGGCCACAGCCGUCCAUUGGGACAGCUCGAACCCAGGCUGUAAUGACGCCGGGCAGUGCAUUAAAGCGAUGCGCCAAUCGGGAGGCGUGCUGCAUCUUUCUAAUGUCCGUCUGUCCUCCAGGAGAGCUGAAGUCUUAUGAAGCCCUGUCAUCUGAUACCCAGAAGAAUGUCCUGUCUGCUCUCCUGAGACUGGAGGCUGUGACCAGGCUGAGAACGUUAGUACACUUCAAUAUAGUGCACUUCAAUAUAGUGCACUUCAAUAUAAUACACUUUAAUAUAGUGCACUUCAAUAUAGUACGCUUUAAUAUAGUACGCGUCAAUAGAAUACACUUUAAUAUAGUAUACUUCAAUGUAGUAUGAUUUAAUUUAGUACACUUCAGUGGUUUCUGUGUGCUCUGCGUUGGGUGUAGCUGUUACUAAUGUUGUCUGAUUUCAGAGCUGAGCAGAGUGAGUUCAGAGCCAACAAGCCAGCCAUCAGGAGAAUAGCAGAGACUCUGGGUAAGAACGUGGAGAUUACACGGGUCAACUGUAUGCAUACUCUCUGCUAAAGUUACUGUAAUUCAGUACAAUUUAAUGGUUUCAGUGAGUUCUCUCUGUCUGUGUCUGUUUCCCUCUCUCUUUCUCCCCCCUCACUCGCUCUCUCUCUCCCCCUCGCUCUCUCUCUCCCCCCUCUCUCUCUCUCCCCCCUCUCUCUCUCUCUGUCUCUGUCCCCCCCUCUCUCUCUCUCUCUCUCUCCCCCCCCCCUCUCUCUCUCUCUCUCUGUCUCUGUCCCCCCCUCUCUCUCUCUGUGCCCCCUCUCUCUCUCUCUGUCUCUCUCUCUCUCUCUGUCUCCCCCCCCCCACUUCUCUCUCUGUCUCCCCCUCUCUCUCUCUGUCCCCCCCCCCCCCCUCUCCCCUCGCUCUCUCCCCCUCUCUCUCUCUCCCCCCACUCUCUCUGUCUCCCCCCCACUCUCUCUGUCUCCUCCCUCUCUCUGUCUCCCCCCUUUCUCUGUCUCCCUCCUCUCCCUCUGUCUCCCCUCAACUGUGUCUCUGUCUAUCCCCACCUCUCUGUCUCCCCCGUCUCCCCCCCUCCUCUCUGUCUCCCACCCUCUCUGUAUCUCCCUCCAGCGGGUAGACUGCCGGUACAGACCGUUCCUAACCCCAGGCUCUAAUCCUGGAGGACUGCAGACCAGACGGACAGACUGGACCCAUCCUCUGUCUCCAACCCAACACUGGGCCUGUAUUCAUACAGCAUCUUAGAGUAGAGUGUGCUGGCGAGGCCUCUAGUGCUCAGCAUCGCUCCAGACGCUGACUAUAAUCAACUGGACAGUAAAGCUGUGACCAUUGUGUCAACUGUAGCUGUAUAGACCUUUAUGGCCUUACUUAGAGUGAGUGAGUGAUUCAUUUGUUAAUUAGUGAUACCGAUCCAUUACCUGUAAUCAUCUCCUAGAUCUGCUGUAAGCAUCUAGUAGAAUCAGUGAAGUUAAUUUUUGGACUCCAGACACUUCCAAUGGAGGCCACUAGAUGGCAGUCUAACCACUGAGUCAAUACACACUGUCUGAGUGGGUUUUAGUUUAACAAGAUUUUUAUGUUAUACCAAUCAUUAAAUAUAAUAUAUGCAUUGACUUAUCAGAUAUCAACAUGUGAAUUGGAAUGUUUUUUUACAUUUAAUUUCAAUUUUUUCUUUUUUUGAAGAUGUAAAUUCUUGAAUAAAAUGAAUGUCAUCUUAUCGCAAAGA